GGCAUGCGCAUUUCUAGACUAUUCUGACAUCACACGUGCAGAGGCAAGGGCAUCGGCGGAGAUUUCUUCGACUUUUGUUAAAAACACCAAGAAACAAGAUGUUGUCGACUUCAAGAAUUUCACACAAAUGUUUAAAGACUGCCACAGAUCUUUGCAGUUCAAAAAGCUUUUCCAAUCUGUCGCGAAAGGUUCCAGUUGCUGCAGUAAAAACUAACAAUGAACCACAUCAGUACCAGAGCAAGAGACAUGCAUCUGACAAAGUUAAAGGUCAUGUUAUUGGAAUCGAUCUCGGUACAACAAACUCCUGUGUCGCCCUUAUGGAAGGAAAGUCGGCCAAGGUCCUGGAGAAUUCAGAGGGAGCACGUACCACCCCCUCGGUCGUAGCAUUCUCAAAGGACGGCGAGCGUUUGGUCGGGAUGCCAGCAAAGCGACAGGCAGUCACUAACGCUCCAAACACAUUUUCUGCAACAAAGCGUUUGAUUGGUCGACGCUUUACUGAUGCUGAAGUGCAGAAAGACAUGAAAACAGUUUCUUACAAGAUAGUGAAAGCAACUAACGGUGACGCCUGGGUUGAAGCCAAUGGCAAACUGUAUUCACCUAGUCAAGUGGGAGCCUUUGUCCUAAUUAAAAUGAAAGAAACAGCCGAGAGUUACCUUGGCACGAGUGUGAAGAAUGCAGUCAUCACAGUGCCCGCUUACUUCAAUGACUCUCAGAGACAGGCUACAAAGGAUGCUGGUCAAAUUUCGGGACUGAAUUGUCUCCGGGUCAUCAAUGAACCAACAGCCGCUGCUCUAGCCUACGGAAUGGAUAAAACCGAGGAUAAACUAAUUGCAGUUUAUGAUUUAGGAGGAGGUACAUUUGAUAUCUCGGUGCUUGAAAUCCAAAAAGGUGUGUUUGAAGUGAAGUCCACGAAUGGAGACACAUUCCUCGGUGGGGAAGACUUUGACAACCAUCUUGUCAACUUCUUGGCCUCAGAGUUCAAGCGGGAUCAAGGACAAGACAUCACAAAAGACCCCAUGGCAAUGCAGCGACUGAGGGAGGCUGCAGAGAAGGCAAAGAUUGAAUUGUCUUCAGCAUUACAGACUGAAAUAAACUUGCCAUAUUUGACCAUGGAUGCUUCUGGACCGAAACACAUGAACCUGAAACUUUCGCGCUCAAAGUUCGAGUCCAUUGUUGAGAGUCUGAUCAAGCGAACAGUUGGACCCUCUAAGAAGGCCAUGCUGGAUGCUGAUGUAAAGAAAUCGGACAUUGGAGAGGUUAUUUUGGUUGGUGGAAUGUCUCGAAUGCCAAAGGUUCAGGCUACAGUCCAGGAACUGUUUGGCCGACAGCCCAGUAAAGCCGUGAACCCAGACGAGGCCGUGGCUAUAGGAGCUGCCAUCCAGGGAGGUGUGUUGGCUGGAGAUGUGACCGACGUUUUGUUACUGGAUGUAACGCCGCUGUCUCUGGGUAUUGAAACCCUCGGAGGAGUCUUCACCAAGCUGAUCAACAGAAACACCACCAUUCCUACCAAGAAAUCACAGGUGUUUUCAACUGCAGCUGAUGGACAGACACAGGUAGACAUCAAAGUACACCAGGGUGAGAGAGAGAUGGCUAGCGACAACAAAAUCCUGGGACAAUUCCAACUGAUUGGAAUUCCCCCAGUUCCUAGAGGAAUCCCCCAGAUUGAGGUGACCUUUGACAUUGAUGCCAACGGUAUUGUGAAUGUGUCUGCAAGAGACCAGGGUACAGGAAAGGAACAACAGAUUGUUAUCCAGUCUUCUGGUGGACUCAGCAAAGAUGAUAUUGAAAAUAUGGUUAGGAAUGCAGAGAAAUACGCUGCGGAGGAUCUCGUACGAAAGGAAACGGUUGAGGCCGUCAACAAGGCAGAAAGCAUCAUUCACGACACAGAGAGUAAGAUGGAGGAAUUCAAAGACCAAUUACCAGCUGAUGAGAGCCAGAAACUGAAGGAACAUAUAAUCAAGACGAAGGAAGUUUUAGCCAACAAAGAUAAUGAGACAGUAGAAAAUAUUACAACAGCAACCAAUGAAUUGCAACAAUCAUCGUUAAAAUUGUUUGAAAUGGCAUACAAAAAGAUGGAAUCCGACCGUGCCAGUGAAGCAAGCUCAUCGUCAUCCACAUCCGACUCAACAUCGGAACCAUCAGAGGAAUCUGAUGAACAAAAGAAGGAGGAAAAGAAUUGAUGAUGAUUUGUGUGAUAACUGACUGUUGUAGAUGUAAAAAAAACUAUACAUAUGUACAUUCAGACGCGACAACCAGGAACUUCUAUCGGCAGAUCAAAGUGGUACCAUAUGUGGAAUAUUGACCUGAACAUUUCUUGGACAAAAAUCAACAUGACCAUGUGAUCUCGGAGUUUGGUACUGUCGUGUCUGGUAUCAUGGAGACUUAAGUGUGUGCGAUGUAGCAGUAUCAAUUGAGUUGUUUAAAACCCUGGUAAACUUGAAAUGACUUCAGGUUUUUUAUUAUUCCUGGGAGAUAUUUUAAAAUUCAUAACAUGGCAAUUAUCAGAAUACAUUAAAUAUUUAAUUUAUGACUAUUUUGCAUUUUGUGUUGAAAUUCAUUCCAAAGGAUUUGAUUCUAAGACUACUGGAAACUAGCCAGUUGGCUAUAGUGAAUGUGAAGAACCUGGUCAUAUUUAUCAUGUUAGGGGUAGAGAUUGAUGACACAAGAUAACAUGUGAUGUUACCUACUUUCAGCUUUGAUGAGUUGGUGGUGUACAACAGCACACAGACUACUUUAAGCCUUAUUUUUUUAUGUAUGGUCCAUUCUAGAAAUUCGACGGGGGGAGCAUGAAAUAUCUAUGGAUAGAUGACUACAGCACAUGGACACUUCUUUAGGCGUAGACCUGGGGUGGGAGUUAGGAAGAUGAGCCUCAGGUUUUAGGUAGUCUAUAUUAAACGGUUGAUCGGCAUUGAUAGGUAUAGGCAAAGCUAUAACAUAACACAGGUAUACGAGGCCUUGAGGGUCUGUAGUUGGUAAAAGUAAAUGGUCAAACCUUUAAGCCAAAUGACCAAUACUUGAACCUCAAUUUGUCAUUACCAGGUUCUUUAGGGAUUGUUUGGUCUGGGUCCUUUAAUGUCCUAAUUCAGCUGUCAAACAAAAUAAAACCAAACUGGGGUUGGAUGCCAGACAUGGCCAGUACUGAUGUCAAGAGUGUUCAUUCAUCCACCCCUGAAAUUUCAUAAUGAACUAAUCCAUCUUUUGAAUUGGAAGAGUUCAAAUGUGUCUUCAGGGGUGAAUGAGUAAAUCAAUGUCGUUUCCAGUUUGAAGACUCGACAGUCGUACGAGUAGUUGUAAUUAAGGUGUACAUGUGUGUAAUAAUGUUAUAGAGUGUGAGGAAAUGUAGGUCGGUUUGUGAAGACUUCACAUGUGAUGAUUUGGUCUUAUAUUACGUAUUUGCUUUGUUAAUAAACCAUUUUAUUGUAUUAAUAGUUGAACAUGUAGCAUAUUGUACAUAAUGUUUGUACAGUAAUUAUUAGACUGCCAUCCAUCACUCUCGUUUGAAAAUGGAACCGUUGUCACGAAUAUGGUAUAAUUGAUCAAAAUGGGUCAGUUUUAAAAGGAACAGUUGAUCAAAAAUUGAAUUUAAAAAUAUUUUAUUUAAAGAGUAAUCAUGAUAGUUUAUUGAUUUCAUAUAACAAAACAUUGAUUCACUUGUUUAAAUAAAACAAAAGGUUAUCACCAGCUAUUUUAAAAUUGCUGCUAAUAAUUAAUCAUUGAUAAUAUUUAUAAAUUUUUAAGGGGAUCAGUUCAAAAUUGAAAUAUCAAAAAAGUGUAUAUAUACCUAAGUAGUGUUUGUUUGUCAGAUAGAAGUCUAUAUAAAAGUUAUGUAGUAACAUUUUGACUUUGAACCUGGUCUGAUACAUCUUAAGUUUUCUGAUAUUUGUCAAAUUUUAAUUUAUGCAUGUAUGUGCUAUUCACAUGAAAAACCUUGCCUAAAUCAACUGGUCUCUAACUUUUCUCAACAAUAUCAUCUACUGUAGAUAUAAUUCAUUUAUUUGAACUGGCUUUAUGAUAAGAUGUCCUUAUGAUAACUAGUACAAUCUGACGAGUUGUCUUUAUAUGGACCAGGGUCAGCUGCACCAUCGUUACUUUUGUGAUUGAUAAACAGAUGUAAGAUACAUUCAGACUGCAUGUCCCAACAUCAGUAAAUGUGAAAUAAAUCUUUUGUGUAAA